AAUCACUUCUUCGUCAGAUCCAGCUCAAUACGCGCUACUACCCUCCAGGUUUUUCUGAAGCUGAAUAUCCCAACGGGGAAAUACUACCCACAUCCAUUACUGUACAAUGGUCAAGACUCACGCCCCCGACCGAGAGCAUAUCCCGCCACUCUCAAACUUCGACAUCGACCUUCACCCUGAUACUGUCGGAUACGUUCAGGACUCGCAGGCCUUGGCGGACGCCAUUGGAUCCAAUGGCCUCAAAGAUGUAUUCGCCAGUCCCAUCGUCUUCAUGGCUGCCUUCUCAGCAUGCAUGGGCGGUCUGCUAUUCGGCUUCGACCAAGGUAUUCUCUCCAUCGUCUUGACUAUCCCGCAAUUCCUAAAGGUCUUCCCCGAGACUGAUAUCAGCGUCACUUCUUCUGCUGGUCUUAACAAAGGCGUCAUGACUGCCCUGCUUGAGCUUGGUGCUUUUCUCGGCGCUAUGCAAGCUGGUUUCAUUUCCGACAAAAUCUCGCGAAAACGUACAAUCAUGGUUGGUGCUUGCUGGUUCGUUGUUGGAAGCGCUCUGCAAGCGGGAUCCAAGUCAUUUGCAAUGUUAGUCAUUGGCCGUUUCAUCGGUGGUAUUGGAGUCGGCGUUCUAUCCUCCACCGCACCAACCUACAUUUCAGAGAUUGCCCCGCCCAACGUGAGAGGUGCUUUCCUCGCCCUAGAAGGCUCCAGCAUUGUGAUCGGUAUUGUCAUCAUGUUCUACAUUACUUACGCCACCCGCCACAUCUUGGACAGCUGGAGUUUCCGUUUGCCUUUCACCGUCCAGGUUGUUCCUUGUAUCGCUCUUGGGAUUGGUUUGUGGCUGUUACCCUACUCCCCCCGUUGGCUGGCUACAGUUGGGCGCGAUCAAGAUGCCCUCGAUUCGCUCGUCCGUCUCCGUCAACUUCCUUCCACGGAUCCUCGUCUUCAGGCAGAGUGGAUCACUAUCCGCGCCGAGGCUAUUCAGCAACGGGAAGUCGUCAUCAACGCUCACCCCCAUCUGCAAGGAGAAAGCGGCUUCGUUCAAGACUUUAAGCUUGAGAUGCACGCUUGGAUCGACAUGUUCAAGCCCAACAUCAUCGCCAGGACCAUGAUCGGUGUCAUGCUCAUGGUAUUCCAGCAGCUCCAAGGCAUCAACGCCCUCAUCUACUACUCGCCCACGUUAUUCGAGCAACUGGGUUUGGACUACGAAAUGCAGCUUACAAUGAGCGGCGUGAUCAACGUCUCGCAAUGCGUCGCUACCAUCGUGGCCUUCUUCCUGCUUGACAGGAUUGGCAGAAAGCCCCCUCUCUUGAUCGGCUCGGUCGUCAACGCCAUCUGUCAUUUCACUGUAGCUGGUUUGAUCGCCAAAUACUCCGAUAACUGGGCGGCUCACCAGAGCGCCGCUUGGGCUGGUGUUGGCCUUUUGAUAACCUUUAUGUUCUUCUUCGGUAUUGGUUGGUCUCCCGUCCCCUGGGCAUUGCCUGCUGAGAUCCACUCGUCGAGCCGACGUGCGAAGGGUGUGGCCAUCACCACCUGCUCCAACUGGUUCUUUAACUUUAUCGUCGGCCUCAUCACCCCUCCAAUGCUCCAGAGCAUCCGUUACGGAACGUUCAUUUUCUUCGGCGCUUUUGCAGUCAUGUCAGGUAUCUGGGCUUGGUUCUUGUGCCCUGAGACCAAGGGCUUGACUCUCGAGGCCGUGGACCAGCUCUUCCACAACCACGCGGCCCAGGAGGAGCUCAGGCAGAAGCACGACAUUAUCAGUCGUAUGAUCGGCAUGGAGCUCACCACCACUCCCCAACCGGAGCUGGUGGACGACGAAAAGAAGAUCUACACGGUCCAGCAUUUGGAGUCAGUUUAGAGUAAUCAACUAAUGAGUUGAGCAGCAUAGGGUAAAGUGAUUGUAUGAGAAGAAGAUAGCGGAGAAGUGACCCGCCCUUGAAAGUCACUUUCCGGCCGUUGUCGAUUUGUUUUGUUGAAAUACUGAAAUUGGAAAUGUAUACAAUAGCUUUUCGAGGGUUUAUAGUAGGCAAUUA